AUGUGCCACGAACCAGAUCAUCCGAGCAACCGCCUGAGGAAACUAUCAGUUGCAGGCUACAGCCUCAGUUCAGCGCAGAGACGAGUAAACCUCACGGAGUCCCUCUGCUCCGGCACCGACACCCUGACCAUCUUCAAUCUGGCCCGGCACUCAAAUCGAGCAAACAUGGUGUCAUUCCUUGCUCUUGGAACCAGACCCUGCCACUUCGAAUUGCUCUGGCCCGGACCCAGCUGCCUCGAUUCCGAACGCCCGAAUCCUUUGACCAUCGCCUUGCCCCGGUUCUCCCGAAUCCGCCUUCAAGUCCACUGCUGCUAUGGCCAAGCAUUGGCUUAUUCUCUGCUCUCGAACCUCGGCGCGCCGCCUCGAUUCAGCCCGUACAGGUCACGAUGUGGGAAAUGGUUCUGGACAGCAGUCAAGAGAUUCUUCCCAGGCAAUGCAUCGAUGGAAGAUGAUCAGGACACGGGAAGCAAGGUACCAAAGCAGAGUCGGAUUGAGAGCGAUGUCCCAGGUGGAUGCAGUCCGGCUGCAGAGAAAGGCGAACAAAAUCAGCCCAGACAUAGAGGUAUCAGGGACACUGAUCCGUACUCUGGAACCAGCACAAGUGGGCUCACUGUCUGUGAGCUCGGAAGCUCAUUAAAGACGGAAUUGUCAAGUCCCCAACAAGGAGCGGACCCAGAGUCUACAAUCUCUGACCUCCUGGCAGAGAGGGCUGAAUAUCGACUAUACCAACUGACGAAAUUCUACAGGGACAGACUGAAACAAGCAAUAGAAGAAGGUGUUGAAAGACUCAGUUGGAUGUUGAGACAGGAGGGGCAUUUCACUGCACAGGAACAUGGGAAAGUCACUGAGCUGACAGAGAAGGGAAAACGGGCAGAAAGUUCCAGACUCUUCCUCAGUUUGGUGAUGGGCAAAGGCUCCCGGACUCGGAGGGCGAUGUGGGAAUCCUUUGUGACAUGGAGGACUGAGUUACCGAAGUUGGACAGAAUACUGAGGGAAAUACAGAAGCUCGACCCUGAUCCAGAGGAAUACAUUAACAUCGCCCGAGGGUUAUCUGAAUUACCCACUCAACUGAUAGAUGUUCAACAGAAACACAAGGAGACUCUGCGGGCACAAACUGAAACACUGAGAGUGAACACGAUCCUGAUGACGGAGAAGGUGAAGGAUUUCCAGCUGGUUGAUCGAUACGCUGAGCUCACGGUCAUUUCUACUGUUCAACAUCGGAGUCUGGUGGAACAUGAGCUACUGGCAAGAGGCAGAGUCCACGAGGAGUGGAGACAGAAGCAUCCCAGUGGACAGCUGGAAAAAAUCGGGAUAGAUCAUUUGUUCCAGAGCACCUUUUCCCAGACUAAAUCCAAAUCUGGGAGUUCCGCAGCAUUGGUCGGAAUCCCUGGGAUUGGGAAAACAACAAUGGUGCAAAAGAUUCUUUACGACUGGGCCACAGGGAAAAUAUAUCAGCAAUUCCAGUUUGUCUUCAAUUUCAAAUUCCGGGAUUUAAACACCAUUAAUUGUCGGAUAAACUUGAGGGAACUGAUUUUGGAUCAGUAUCCUUACUUUGGGAAUAUCCUGAGAGAGGUCUGGAAAAACCCAGAGGGAUUGUUGUUUAUAUUUGAUGGUUUGGAUGAAUUUAAGCACACAAUUCAUUUUGCUGACAAUCAAAGAGAUACAGAAUGCGACCACCAGUGCUCAGAUCCCGAGUGGUGGUGUGAAGUGUCUGACAUUGUGUACAGUUUAAUCCAGGGUAAGUUGCUCCCAGGGUGUUCAGUGCUGGUGACCAGCCGAACCACUACAUUACCCUUAUUGGAAAAGGCAGAAAUUAGUGUCUGGGCGGAAAUCCUGGGAUUGGUUGAUGAAAAACGGAAGGAAUAUUUCAUCAGACAUUUUGAAGAUCGGACGGUGGCAGCAGCUGUUUUCGAAUAUGUGAAGGAGAACGAGAUCCUGUACACCAUGAGCUACAACCCCUCCUACUGCUGGAUCCUCGCUCUGGCACUGGGUCCCUUCAGCACACAAAGAAACACGGCAGAUGGGCGAUUUGAGGUAUUUCUCCGUUUUGUUGCUGGUCUCUCCUCCCCAAUGACAACUCGGACCCUGGAGGAGUUUCUGGGUCCAUUUCCUCAUGAAACAGCCUGCCAGGUGAUUGACUGGGUGAAGGAGGAGGUUAAAUGCCAGAGUGGAAACACGAGGAGUGAAGCUGGUAAAAGGAGCCUCUUGAACACAUUGCACUAUCUGUUUGAGUCUCAGAAUCGCUGGCUGGCUCAGGCCGCACUGGGAUCUGUGAAAACACUUUCAUUCAGUGGAAUGACACUGACCCCGAUUGACUGCGCGGUCCUGUCUCAUGUCAUCGGAAUCUGUGAUACGAUAAAACACCUCGACGUGGAGAACUGUCACAUUCAGUGUGAAGGAAUCCAGCGGCUGGGACCCGGGCUGCACAAGUGCCAGGAGUUGAGACUUGGGGCAAAUAAACUGGGAGAUUCUGGAGUGAAACUGGUUUCUGCGGCUCUGAGGAACCCGGAGUGUAAAAUACAGCAACUGUGGCUGAACCAUGUUGGUCUCACAGAUUCAGGUGCCGUGGAUCUCGUCUCGACUCUCAGAACAAACCGAUUACUAACGGAGCUGAACGUCAGUGAAAAUGAACUGCGUGAUUCAGGAGUGAAACUGGUGUCUGCGGCUCUGAGGAACCCGGAGUGUAUAAUACAGACACUGGGGUUGAGGGAUGUCGGUCUCACAGAUUCUGGUGCUGAGGAUCUCGUCUCCGCUCUCAGUACAAACCCAUCACUGACGGAGCUGGACCUGAGUGAUAAUAAACUGGGAGAUUCAGGAGUGAAACUGGUAUCUGCGGCUCUGGGGAACCCGGAGAGUAAAAUACAGAAAAUGGGACUGAAGAAGGUUGGUCUCACGGAUUCUGGUGCUGAGCAUCUCCUCUCCGCACUCAGUACAAACAGAUCACUGACGGAGCUGAACCUGGGAAUUAACUCCCUCACAGACCGAUCAGCACCCGCUGUCUGUCGCCUCAUAUUGACCCUCCCAAAUCUGGAGUGGAUCCGUCCCAAGGUACUGAACGUCCCUUGGAGUACAGAUAAGUCAAUCAUCAAGAAAUGGAAAGACUGUGGCACAGCUGUACAAUUGCCUGGAGCAGGCCAUGCUCAAAAAUUGAGCGACUGUGCAAGAAGCAGAUUAGUGAAGGAGGCCACCAAGAAAGCUGUGACAACACUGAAGGAAUUACAAGCUUCAGUAGCUGAGAUGGGAGGCACUGCCCACACAACUGCUGCGCAUGUGCUUCAUCAGUCGCUGUUUGAUGGGACAGUGUCUAAGAGAAAGCCAAUGUUGAAUCGAACUGGCUUGGAAUUCCAGCUGGAGUUUAUUAAAUGGCAGCUCCCUGCUGUGGCCGCUGGCAACUCUCCAGGAAGCCUGGUCGCUCCAAAAACCAGAGACAAACGCCGUUGUUCCUCCACUGACAUCGGGACAACCACCUUCCAUCUUUAUCGUCGUGACUCACGUUCGGUGCAGGAACCGAAGCAUCGUUUGAGACGUCUCGACCUCUCACGGCCUGGAAGUUCUGCGGGAAUAACGGAGCCUUUCCUGGCGUUGGAAUUUCUGGCGCUGGGCCAGCAAGGGGAUGAGUCUGUUUGGCUUCUAGAGUGGCGGGGCGGGGUCUACAUGAGCCACCUUAGCUCCAACUCUAGCGGGGUGGUGAUCCUGUUGGCCUUGACCUUCCGGACGGAAAUGGUAAAAGCUCAGGAUGUCGUGGCCGGCCGCCUGCUCCAUCUGGCUGUGCGCCUGGAUGGUGAACCUCUGCAUUUCAUCAACGUGUAUGCCCUGAGGGGCGGGGUGAUCUGGGUGAGCCCCCGGCACACAGCAGCUACCGGGACAAGAGGGCCAUCACGGAUGCGGAGAGGUUCUGGAUGA